GCCUUGCCCGUUGGACACAGUCAUACCGCCCUCUGCUGGCGUCCGAACUUUUGUAACGGACACCGCCAAACCGCCAACUCCCCGGAGCAGCCGAGAACCCUUGUGAGCCGAUCAAAAGGCUUAUCGUCCAGAGGAGGGCGCCUGGGGGACCAGGGGGAGAGCCAGCCGCCGCCACUGGGGGAGCCGAGGCCCUGGGCGUGGCAGUCACCUAGCGGUAUGCAUGCGCCAUGCCGCUGCCGCCGCUGCCCCCACUGCUGCCUGCCGUUGCCGCUGCCAUGACGGACGGGGCGUCGUCGCCGUCGUCUUCCGUUUCUCCUAGCCGCCGCGGGGAUGCCGCGGUCGUGGGGACGGCCGUCCUCCCCGUCCCGUCCACCUCGACCAGGCCGGCCGGCAGCGAGCGUGGCUACAAGCCUGAUGCUCCCGGCGGGUCCCGGAUCCAGCGCCAGGACUGGUCUCGCCUGCAUGUGGACGGCCCUCAGCUCGAUGGAUGGUACAUCACCAAGAUCGUGCUGAGGUCCAUCAGCUGCAUCCUGAUGUUGACCAUGAUUGCCAUGUACCUCGUCAUCAUAGUCCCGCAGCAGACCCUGAUCAGCUACAACAUGUACUACAACAGGCUGAAUGCCCCUCUCGUCAGCGGAAUGCACGCCGUGUUUGGCGUUUUCGCCUUUGCCACCCUGUCGUGGGACUUGACCGAGUUUGUCACAAUGUGCUGUCGCAGGGGAUAUGGCAUCACACCCAAGGCCCAUAUCGGCAUCGAGCUCACCCUGUUCUUCUGGGGAGCCGGCGCCGUCUCCUUGGUGGCUAUACUGGGAGUCGUCCCGGUCUGGUACUCAAGGUACUUCUCACCGCCCAAUAGCUUUGGCGUCGAGGAGGUUACCUCGGUCGCCGUCAUCGGGGGCAUUAUCGUAAUCAUACGAUUUAUCCUCUUCGUGAGAAACGCCGUGGAUAGAUGCGGCGGCAGGGGCCUGACCCCGCGUAUCAUGUACCUCCAGACCGGAGAGCCGGUUGUGGUGAUGCGCAGGCCAUACCCGCCACCCCCCACCAUGCAGGAGCCCGACAUCGAGAUGGGCGACCGCACCACGGCCCAACCAGCUGCCGGCGCCGCCACACUCAGCGCAGCAUCGACACUUGUGGCCUCGCCGCCCCGGACCUCGUUCUGGGGCGUGAUAGGGCGGAAGCUCAAGAGCAACAAAGCGCCACUGGUCGCCCCGACGGUCCCUAGCUCCUCCCCGCAACCGACGAGCCCCGUCGCACCAGAAAGCGCCGUGGCCAGCUCGCCACAGCAGCAACCACAAGAGCAGAUACAUCAAGAAUCAGAACAACCUCAACCCCAGGCCCAGCAGCAGCGACAGCACACACGCAGCCCGCCGACCUCGCCGCAGCAGAUCCCGCGCCGAAGGCCAGUGCCGACGCGCGGCGCGGACUCGGAGCGGAGUGAGAGCUACGGCCCCACGCCCGCGUACGAGCCGGACGAGGCGGAGCGGCGGCGGGCGGAGCGGGGCGAGGCCCAGGCGCAGUGGAUGACGCUCGAGGACAUGGGGGUCCGCGGCCCGGCCUCUGGGAAGAGGCGGGGCGAAGCGGGCGACAACGCGGACCGGCAGGCGGUUGACGGUCGGGGCCUUGAGGACGGCAGGUAGCGGGGGAUGAGGUCUCAGUCCCCACGUUGGGCCUUUCCACGACUGUCUCUAAAACUGUUACCUGUUUUUUUUUCGUCACUAUUCUUGGUUGCCGGCGUUUGGAUCCCAUGACACACAGCCCUGAAUUCUCUGAUUUGCAUAUAUACCCAACACAUUUAUUGUUUUCUUUCGAGUUGCCUGACAAACAGCGGUGGAUAUGUAUUUUUGGAAAGCAGCCCAUUUGCCAGCUAUUAGCUUGUACAAUACUGAGUCGGGUACCUUGGUUCACAAAAAAAGUCGGCGCGCCUCCCACAUUAUUCUCGGCUCACGCGCGGGUCAGCUCCUUCACAUAUCCUAGACUUACAACCUUGGUGCCACAGAACUCGGGGGAUACAGGCUGCGGCCCAUCCAGUCGCCGGCUCAGGGGCCACCCCUGAGCGUCCUUGGGAAUGGAACCAUAACAUGUUCCACUGUUACACUAUCUGGUGCCAUGCCUUCCCACUAGCAAAGAAGCCCCUUUUUCUUCGUGUUACCCUACAAUGACAUCUUCAUACCUGGCAUUCUCCACCCAUUCGCCAAAG